GGGCUCAUCACCUCCCGCAUCCGAUUCACAUGCCAUUCUCCCUAGGAAGGGGCUGCCUGUUGACGAAGGAGGAAGGAAGGUCGGUUUGGCCGGCAGAGGGCCAUGGGAGGACAAAGGGUCGCGGGGAAGCUGGCAGGCAGACCUCGUUCAGUCGCAUCUCUCCAGGUUCUUAAAGACGCCUUCAGGAACAGACUGGCCAGGCUGGCUGACUUCAGCCUCGCCUCCCCCUGCUCUUCGUGCCUCUUCUCUUUUCCGAACUCCUUCCUCCUCCGCGGGAGUGAAAGGAAGGGACGCCCGUCCUGCGCUUCCCGGGUCUUGCCCUUGUCCUUGUUUGCCCGCUGCUGCUUCCCUGUUGUGGCCCAGAUGAGAAAACAGAGGCGCUAGCAUGUCAGGUAAACCCUGAGGGAUAAGAAGAGAUUCAUCUGGAAAAAGAGAGAGAAUGUGCCAGCAGGGAAGGGGCAGGGAGAGAAGGGGACAGAGGAUCUGUGCUGCCAGCACAGAGCCCGAUGCGGGAUUCCAACUCAUGAACCGCGAGAUCGUGACCCGAGCGGAAGUUGGAUGCUUCACUGGCUGAACCGCCCAGGCGCUCCCGUUGUGUGGAAUGCUCUUAAACUUUAAGCGUGACGUUUAUGUUUCCGCUACAUUAUUUUUUUAUUGUGGUAAAAUGUGCAUAACGUAAAACGGACCGUUUUAGCCGUUUUUGAGUGUGCACUUCGGUGGCCAGAAGUACAUUCACGUUGUGGUGCAACCGUCACCUCCACAAAUGUUCACCUUCCCGAACUGAAACUGUACCCCUUAAACGCUGACUCCCCACCCCUCCCGCCUCCAGCCCAUAGUGACCCCCGCUUUCUGUCUUUAUGAAUUCAACUACUCUAGACCUCAGAGGGCUCCCUUGUGUCUGGCUUGACCCAGCACAGUGACCUCCAGAGCUCAUGCACGCGGUACGCGUCUCGGGGUGUCAUUCCCCUCAUGGCCAAAUAGCAUUUCAUUGUACGGACCACACUGUGUUUAUCCGUCGUUCGGCGGUGGACAUUGGGCUGGUUUUCACGCUGGUAUUUUUAAGGCUCCGGAGUGAUACUCAUGACCCAUCAGGGAUGAAAACCGAGGUCUUAGACCAGUGGUUCUUAAGCCUGGCUGAGCAUCCAAAUCACCUGGUAGCUGUUAAAAAAACAAGCCAAUGCCUGGUGAGCAUCACAGACCUGCAGACCAGCUGAACUGGAUUCUCUGGAAGGGGACCCCGGAGUCUGCAAGAAUCUGCAGUUACUUCCAGAAGGCCAGGGUGUGAAGACUCAUUUCCAGAAACCCUGCGAAACCACCUCAGUUGAGAGCCGCUGCCCUGUGAGUGCCUGAUACUUGGGUAGGAGGCUAACAUACCAGAUGGAGAAGAGGCAGCAGGAACGCACUGGCCCAGCCUGGCCGGGGAGGGGUGCUGUCUGGGGGCAGGCCCGGCAAUGACGAGUGAGACUUCUGGUGACAUCAAACCUUCUCCUUCGGAAGCUGGUUCAGCGGGCUGUCAAUCAUAGUCACUAACCCUGCCCUGCCCUGCCCUGCGAGACACUGGAGUCAAGCAAGGAGCAGCCACUGCACCCUGUUGCCCAGUCACUGGGUUGAUGAGUGAGACAACCCUGAAGAAGGUCUAUUGAGUUCCUGGAUCCAGCCUGACCUGAAGCUAGCUCCCAGGAGGCGUCUCAAGGAAGAAAAACAUGGGGGCGAUUCUGGCGCAACAUGAUGUCACAAGAUAAAGGACAGGACCUCAUGGCCGCUCGAAAACUCAACAGUAAAGAGAAUGCCAGGACCCUAAAUGAACCCCUAGUAACCCUAAGUGAGUCAGAGAAAGUCUCCACCGAUGACUCCCCAGGACCGUGCGGCCACCAACGGAGCCAGCCUGCUGGCCAAAAGAAGGUAGAAAGCGCUUUCAGGCCUGCCCAGUGUCUCCUGGCGGAUAAGUGUGGCCCUUACUCCCCCAGAUGCCAUGAGGCCACGUGGAGGGGGGUGACGGCCCCGAGCUGCUCGCGGUCUGGCUCCCCGCAGAAAAACCCCAACUGCCAAGAGACGCCUGGGCCGGAAGCGGAAGCGCGGGUGCGUGCGUGCUGCAUUCUGGGAAGUGUAGUCCACAGAGGCCGGAAGAGUCCGUGAGAGCCGUGCGUUUGGGGGAAGGUAUUCUUCUAGCGGUCUGACAGCCGGCGGCGUGAGCUGGAGUGGUUCACCUAAACCCCACGCCGUGGCGGGGGUUAACAGUUUGGGGACUUAGAGUGAAUACGUAGAAUUUGGUUUUGUCUCUCCCAACCACCAACACCCACGGAAGCGGAGAAUAGGACCUAUCCACGCUUCAGUGGUGGCAAGCAGGCCUGAGUUAUUCCGCCCUCGAACGAGUAAAUCAGCUGCGUAACCUCCCGGAACCUUUGUUUCCGUAUCUGUAACACGGGCAGAUUAAUCAUUCUCACUUGGCAGCCUUGAUAACUCAAUCAAGUAACUAGCAAGGUGCUUAACACACCUUCCUUGCUUGACAAACCCCUCUUCCCUUUGAAGCUGAGCGUGCAGAGCAAAUGGAUGUGUUUUGUAACCAGGAGCAAAAAUUGUGCUUCAGCGGAGCACUUGGGACGUUUUCUUUGCAAAGUAGGAGUUCCUGCAAAUUCCAGCCAAAACUCAUAGGGGGAAAUAUAAGGAAAUCUGUCACCCAGAGACUCAGCAAGGACGUGUGACCUUACUGGCCAACACACAGUAAGAUUGUUGAAACUUUCAAAGUAAACAGUAGGCAGCAAAAAGAACGAGAAAGCUCCAUAUGCACUGAUGGGGGAAAAGCUUCAAGAAAUGGGAUCUUGCAAAGCGUACUCUUUGGCUCUUGGUGGACGUGGACGGAAGCGUCCUGUUCCCUCACGCCUCCCACCGCGUCCUCUGCCGAAAAUGACCGCCAUGGUCAACAUGGACACCCUUCCUGAAUAUGAGAAGAGUCAGAUCAAGAGAACCCUGGAGCUGGGCACGGUGAUGACCGUGUUCAGCUUUCGCAAGUCUACCCCGGAGCGGAGGACUGUCCAGGUGAUCAUGGAGACGCGGCAGGUGGCCUGGAGCAAGACGGCUGACAAGAUUGAAGGCUUCUUGGAUAUCAUGGAAAUCAAGGAAAUCCGCCCCGGGAAGAACUCCAAGGAUUUUGAGCGCGCGAAGGCAGCCCGGCAGAAGGAGGACUGCUGUUUCACCAUCUUGUACGGCACCCAGUUCGUCCUGAGCACUCUCAGUUUGGCAGCUGAUUCUAAAGAAGACGCGACUAAGUGGCUCUCUGGCUUGAAAAUCUUACACCAGGAAGCGAUGAGUGCGUCUACGCCCACCAUUAUUGAGAGUUGGCUGAGAAAGCAGAUUUAUUCAGUGGAUCAAACCAGAAGAAACAGCAUCAGCCUCCGAGAGCUGAAGACCAUCUUGCCCCUGGUCAACUUCAAAGUGAACAGUGCCAAGUUCCUCAAAGAUAAGUUUGUGGAAAUCGGCGCUCACAAAGAUGAACUCAGCUUUGAGCAGUUCCACGUUUUCUAUAAAAAUCUUAUGUUUGAGCAGCAAAAGUCGAUUCUUGAUGAAUUCAAAAAAGAUUCUUCUGUGUUCAUCUUGGGCAACACCGACCGGCCGGAUGCCUCCGCUGUUUACCUGCACGACUUCCAGCGGUUUCUCCUACACGAACAGCAGGAGGUUUGGGCUCAGGAUCUGAACAAAGUCCGCGAGCGGAUGACAAAGUUUAUCGAUGACACCCUGAGGGAGACCGCCGAGCCCUUCCUGUUUGUUGAUGAGUUCCUCACGUACCUGUUUUCGCGGGAGAAUAGCAUCUGGGAUGAGAAGUAUGACGUCGUGGACAUACAGGACAUGAACAACCCCUUGUCCCAUUACUGGAUCUCCUCCUCACAUAACACGUACCUCACCGGUGACCAGCUGCGGAGCGAGUCGUCCACGGAGGCAUACAUCCGCUGCCUGCGCAUGGGCUGUCGCUGCAUCGAGCUGGACUGCUGGGACGGGCCCGAUGGGAAGCCCAUCAUCUACCACGGCUGGACGCGGACCACCAAGAUCAAGUUUGAUGACGUCGUGCAGGCCAUCAAAGACCAUGCCUUUGUCACCUCAAGCUUCCCGGUGAUCCUGUCCAUCGAAGAGCACUGCUGUGUGGAGCAGCAGCGCCACAUGGCCAGGGUGUUCAAGGAGGUGUUUGGCGACCUGCUGUUGACGAAGCCCACGGAGGCCAGUGCUGACCAGCUGCCCUCGCCCAGCCAGCUGCGGGAGAAGAUCAUCAUCAAGCAUAAGAAGCUGGGCCCCCGAGGCGACGUGGAUGUCAACGUGGAAGAUAAGAAAGAUGAGCACAAGCAACAGGGUGAACUGUACAUGUGGGAUUCCAUUGACCAGAAAUGGACCCGGCACUACUGUGCCAUCGCUGAUGCCAAGCUGUCGUUCAGCGAUGACAUUGAGCAGACUGCAGAGGAGGAGCUGCCCCAGGAUAUACCCCCCACGGAGCUGCAUUUUGGGGAGGAGUGGUUCCACAAGAAGGUGGAGAAGAGAACAAACGCCGAGAAGCUGCUGCAGGAAUACUGUGCCGAGACGGGGGGCAAAGAUGGGACCUUCUUGGUGCGGGAGAGCAAGACCUUCCCCAACGACUACACCCUGUCCUUCUGGCGGUCCGGCCGGGUCCAGCACUGCCGGAUCCGCUCCGUCAUGGAGGGCGGGACCAUGAAGUACUUCCUGACUGACAACAUCAUGUUCACCAGCAUCUAUGACCUCAUCCAGCACUACCGUGAGACGCACCUGCGCUGUGCCGAGUUCGAGCUCCGGCUCACCGACCCCGUGCCCAACCCCAACCCCCACGAGUCAAAGCCGUGGUACUAUGAUGGCCUGAGCCGCGGGGAAGCAGAGGACAUGCUGAUGAGAGUUCCCCGGGACGGGGCCUUCCUGAUCCGGAGGCGGGAAGGUACCGACUCCUACGCCAUCACCUUCAGGGCCAGGGGCAAAGUAAAGCAUUGCCGCAUCCAUCGGGACGGCCGGCACUUUGUGCUGGGGACCUCUGCCUACUUCGAGAGCCUCGUCGAGCUGGUCAGUUACUACGAGAAGCACGCGCUGUACCGGAAGAUGCGGCUGCGCUAUCCUGUGACGCCUGAGCUGCUGGAGCGCUACAAUAUGGAACGAGAUAUCAACUCCCUCUAUGACGUCAGCAGGAUGUAUGUGGAUCCCAGUGAAAUCAACCCGUCCAUGCCUCAGAGGACCGUCAAAGCUCUGUAUGACUACAAAGCCAAGCGAAGCGAUGAGCUGAGCUUCUGCCGUGGGGCCCUCAUUCACAACGUCUCCAAGGAGCCCUGGGGCUGGUGGAAAGGAGACUAUGGGACCAGGAUCCAGCAAUACUUCCCAUCCAACUAUGUUGAGGACAUUUCAACGGUCGAUGUGGAAGAACUGGAAAAGCAGAUUAUUGAAGACAAUCCCUUAGGGUCUCUUUGCAGAGGAAUACUGGAUCUCAACACCUAUAACGUCGUGAAAGCCCCGCAGGGGAAAAACCAGAAGGCGUUCGUGUUCAUCCUGGAGCCCAAGAAGCAAGGCGACCCUCCGGUGGAGUUUGCCACAGACAGGGUCGAGGAGCUCUUUGAGUGGUUUCAGAGCAUCCGGGAGAUCACCUGGAAGAUGGACACCAAGGAGAACAACAUGAAGUACUGGGAGAAGAACCAGUCCAUCGCCAUCGAGCUCUCGGACCUGGUAGUCUACUGCAAGCCCACCAGCAAGACCAAGGACAAUUUAGAAAACCCCGACUUCCGAGAAAUCCGCUCCUUCGUGGAGACGAAGGCUGACAGUGUCGUCAGACAGAAACCGGUCGACCUCCUCAAGUACAAUCAGAAGGGCCUGACCCGUGUUUACCCGAAGGGACAGAGGGUGGACUCCUCCAACUACGACCCCUUUCGCCUCUGGCUAUGUGGCUCCCAGAUGGUGGCACUCAAUUUCCAGACUCCAGACAAGUACAUGCAGAUGAAUCAAGCCUUGUUCUCACUCAACGGGCGGACAGGCUACGUCCUGCAGCCCGAGAGCAUGAGGACGGAGAAGUACGACCCCAUGCCGCCCGAAUCCCAGCGGAAGAUUCUGAUGACUCUGACCGUCAAGGUUCUCGGGGCUCGCCAUCUCCCCAAACUUGGCCGAAGCAUCGCAUGUCCCUUUGUGGAGGUGGAAAUCUGCGGGGCUGAAUAUGACAACAACAAGUUUAAGACCACAGUUGUGAAUGACAAUGGCCUAAGCCCCGUUUGGGCUCCGACACAGGAGAAGGUGACCUUUGAAAUUUAUGACCCAAACCUCGCGUUUCUGCGCUUUGUGGUCUACGAGGAAGAUAUGUUCAGUGAUCCUAACUUCCUCGCUCAUGCCACUUACCCCAUCAAAGGAAUCAAAUCAGGAUUCAGAUCUGUUCCUCUGAAGAACGGGUACAGUGAAGAUAUCGAGCUGGCUUCCCUCCUGGUGUUCUGUGAGAUGCAGCCAGUCCUGGAGAGUGAAGAGGAACUCUACUCCUCCUGCCGCCAGCUGCGAAGGCGGCAGGAAGAGCUGAACAACCAGCUGUUCCUGUACGACACACACCAGAAUCUGCGCAAUGCCAACCGGGAUGCCCUCGUCAAAGAGUUCAACGUCAACGAGAACCAGCUCCAGCUGUACCAGGAGAAGUGCAACCGGAGGUUAAGAGAGAAGAGAGUUAGCAACAGUAGGUUUUACUCAUAGACGCUGGGGCACUCGUGUAAGGGUGUCGUGCCCGCGUGUGCUCACGUGUAGGAGAAUGUCCUCUCUUCAGACCCCGGGGACUUGCUAAUCUGCGAUGUCUCGUCAAGCCUGGAGUCAAGAGGACACUUUUGAAGACCCACCUGGCACGAGCUGGGGUGACUUCCUGCUCCUUUCUUCAUCUUGGACAAUUUCUUAACUUAUAUUUUCUAUAGAGGAUCGUAAAAACGUGUUUCCUCGUUUUUUGGCCUCUCGUGUUCCCAACCUCCUUGAAUAAAAGCGGUGAAAAUCUCGA